AUGAAAACCGAACAAGAAGCAAGUGAUCGUACUGCACGCUGUUUUAAUCGAUUGCAAGCAGUAUUGAGGCGUGAUGGUAGUAUACCGGAAAUUGGCUUGCCUGUGCAAGCCAUUGGGGGAUUUCUAGCACGUUUAGCAAGUUUAGACUCUAAUAAUCGCUUCGAUACAAUAUGCGUUGGAGCUGGCGAACGUGAAGGUCGUAUUCUAUCGCCACUAGUUCAACAGCUACAUUACGGUUUAGCGCAUGGAAUCGGCAGAUCUGGGAAUUUAACCGAGCGUCAACCAAAAGCCAUUGGUUCGUCCAUUCUUUCAGAAAUUGCCAAUAAGCUUGCCUUGGAUGCUAUUCGUUGUCUUGGGAUACCAAGUACGAAAGCAGCCAUGGUAGUACCUGUUGCAACCGGUAUGGCACUUUCGCUAUGUUUGAGUGCAUGGCGACACACGAAACGUCGCGCCAAAUUUGUGGUUUUUCUACGUAUUGAUCAAAAAUCAUGCUUCAAAUCCAUUUUUACCGCUGGCUUUGAACCGAUUAUAAUUGAUGGUAUCCAAGAAACUGUGAUAAGUGAUGGGCUGAUUACGGAUCUUACUGCUUUGAAAAUUGUUUUGGAGAAACAAAAGGAUGAAAUUAUCGCCGUGCUAAGCACCACUUCCUGUUUUGCUCCUCGUCAGCCAGAUAAUUUAAUUGCUAUCGGUGAAUUAUGUACCAAAUAUGGUGUAAAACAUUUGGUAAAUAAUGCUUACGGUUUACAAUCACCAGAAUGUCGAAAUCGGAUCGAAGAAGCCGGUUCAGUAGGAUAUAUCGAUGCUUUUAUACAGUCAACGGAUAAAAAUUUCUUAGUACCAGUAGGUGGUUCUAUCGUGGCAACAUUUGAUAAAAAAUCCUUGGAUAUGAUAGCUAAUUUCUAUCCUGGACGAGCCUCCAUAGUACCAUCGCGUGAUUUGUUGAUUACGUUGUUGCAGUUAGGUAAAACUGGGCUAAAAGAGCUUUAUAACACGCAGCAAACGAAUUUCCAAGUCUUGCAUGCAACAAUGCAGGAAUAUGCUGAAACUAUUGGACAGAAGGUCAUGGAAGUUAAAAUGAAUCGGAUUUCCUUAGCAGUCACUUUGAAGGGUUGGACAAGCCAACAACAAAAUGCUUUCGGUGCUCAGUUGUUUAGUCGCGGUGUUACCGGUGCUCGAACGAUACCAAAUGGUUUGUUAAGAACAAUUGACGGCUAUGAAUUCCUCAAUUUCGGCUCACAUUCAUCACGACAACAUGACGGUUACUUGAAUGUUGCUUGUGCAAUCGGUAUGACAACGCAAGAAAUCGAAGAAUUAGUGAAGGUACUCAAAGAGGAAACUCCAAAAUGGGCCUUUUCCUCAUCUAUUAAUGCUAAAGAUAGGAGUUCUCACAGCAUUACCAUCCGCAGAAGAUAUACAAGCAAAUGA